CAUACCUAUAACCUUAAAAAGUAAAAAACAUUGUUGUGUUGUCCCGCAUAAAAAAGUUUAUACCAAUAUACCCACGUAUUUUGUUUCGUAGUUAAAUAUAAGUAAUACAAUAAAUAUCAAAUUCAUUCAAUCCAAUAUGAGCACACUAGAACUUCAAGGCGACGAUUGGGAUUUACCUUGCUCAGAUGAUGAGUUGUCGAAGAGUGGAUUAUUCAUUGGGAAAAGUUGGAUGCCGGACCCUAACGAGUUGGAGGAAUUGUAUAAAGCUAUUGAUAAAAGUGCUACUUUGACCUUGGAAUGGAAGUGUCCGGGCAGGCGGCCGCCGUCGCCUAUGCCUGUUAGUAAAGAAAAUCAGCCUGAGGUUCCCAUGUCGCCUGUGCGAGAAGAGAAAUCAGAUUUUGAUUUUAUGGAUGAAGUGAACUCUCUACGGCUGCGCGUGCGACGGGAUGGGGAGGACACGCUGCGAGGGUCAGCUAAGAAGAAGACAACGUCGUUCCACGGCAUUCUCUCCAACAUGAUCCGACACAAGAGGAUAGAGCAGAUGGAGAAGCAAGCCAGCACCCCGACGACACCAACAACUAGCGCCACUUGAUUGGUGUUCUUCAUACCACAGUGGACCUUUGAGUGCUGACAAGUGGUUGAUAAUUGGUAUGCUUGAGACCAGUUUGUCUGAUGUAUUAUACUAUGUAUAAUGAAUAGUAAGAUUAUGCUAGUAAUGAAACUGGUACUGAUUCCAGCAAGGCUGUCAAUUUUAAAAUAAGCGAAUUAAAUUCACCUGGAUAUAUAAGGACAACUUAAAAUAAAAUUAGGUGUCUGCUGAAAUGAGCACUGUUGUGUACCUGUACUUAGUAUUAUAAUGGCCCUGACUUGUGCCUCUUACCUAAUUUUAUUUUAAGUUAUGCCAGUCAUUUUCGCCGAAAAGUCAAGGGACGGAUGAUUGAUAACUAUCCAUUUUAAAAUAAAUUAAUAACCCGGAAGAAAAAAAUAGACAUCUUGCUCAUCUGCAACCCAAUUUUGUUGUUUGCAUUUUAAAUUUCUGCUUUAAAUAGGGUAGUUUUCAACUAGUCAAAUCAAAUAUUUUUUAUUAUAGGGCAAGACACAAAAUUACUAUGGAAUUUGUAUGAAAAUACAACCUGAAAAACGUGACAACACUUAUUAUAAAAUUUUUCUUAAUUCUAAUUAUUCAUAAAAAUGUUAAAUACAAAAAAGAAAAUGUUUCUUGUUACCUUUUUUAGGAAAUCAAUUUUAUUAUUGUUACUAUAAGAUCUGUCUUUAUUUAGUAAUCAGAAUUUCAUAAUUUAUCUUUGACUUGGGAAACUACCCGAUUGAUGUGUGUUCCAUAAAAUGUAUGCCUGUCAAUUACCCGUCCCUUUCUUUUUCAGCGGAUAAGGAAAUGAAAGGUAAAAAUUAUUGGUGUGUAUACAAGAGUAUACAAGGAAUCAGCACCAAUACUUAUCAGUGCUAGGUUUUCUUUCUUGCUCCACAUUGAUUACAUCUUAAUGUUCACAUAUACAGGGUGUUAGUGACAUCGUAACGAAAACUUUGAGGGAUGAUAUCAAGUGGAAUUUGCCGUCGCAAAAGUAUGGAACGGAAAAUAAUUUAAAUAAGCGCUAAAAUUUGCAUGACUUCUCCAACAGGAAAUUCCACUUGAUAUUAACUCAGAAUCAUGGUCUGAAUCAUCCCCCUCAGUAUUUGUUACAUUGUCACUAACACCCUGUAUAUGUAUUAUGAUUCAAGCUGAAUGUCUUAGAUAAUAUACAUAUAAGACUGCAAAAGGAAAAGGGUCUAAAAUAAACAACAACCUUUAUAA